AUGGAUGACGGAGACAAGUAUAUCCGUGAUUUUCUGAAAGACUUUAUAAAGGAUAUAAAGAUAAACCAAUCCAAAUAUUUAUCAUGUGGAAAUGGGUCAACAUGUGAUGACCAGUGGACAAAUAAUCACAUCUCAGGCCAGGGGUCAAUUGGAUCAGAUGUAUUCACAUAUGUCACCCCAGUGAUAUUUGCUGUAGGAAUUACCGGGAAUACAAUUUCCUUAUUAGUGUUUCUAACUAAAAACAUGAGGAAGUUAUCUGCAAGUGUAUAUCUUGCAGCACUAUCAACAGCUGAUAUCAUGGCAUUGAUAUUUUAUGUCCUUGUUGAGUGGAUUAGAAAAGGAAUACCAAUCGGUUCCGGACAGGUAACAGCUCCUUUUUUGGAAAGUAAUGGAGUAUGUCAGAUAAUAAUGUUCAUGUCGUAUUCUUUCCGUUUCCUUUCAGCUUGGCUUGUAGCAUGUUUCACAUUAGAACGAUAUGUUGGAGUUUGUCACCCGUUAAAGCGCAAGGACGUCUGUAACCUACGUUCUUCAAAACGAAUCGUUUUCUUUGCGGUUAUAACCUCAUUUGUGAUAGCUUCAUUCCGACCAUGGCUAAGUGAAGUGAGAUAUGUUGGUCCAAAUGAUGUCCCAUCAUGCACCAGACGAUUGGAGCACACGUACCUGUCAUUUAUCUAUGACUGUAUUUUUGGAGUGUGUAUCACAUUUCUGCCAUUUCUAAUUAUAACAAUACUAAAUACAUUGAUCAUUCGGAAGUUAAUAAUUCGGAACAAAAGACACCGACAGGUCAAAAUUAUAACAGAGGAAAGUAUAAUUCGAUUAGAAUUUACCGUUAUUUUGAUAACUAUAUCAUUUUGCUUCAUCGCUUUCAACACGCCAUAUGCCAUUAUAUGGUUCAAACAUUUUCUACAGAUGAGUUCGAUGAGAAUGGAGGAUAGUGUAUUCGUACCAACAAAUCAAAACUUGUUGAAUUUUACAAAGACAAUAUUUUUUAUGAAUUAUUGCAUUAACUUUUUCCUGUACAGUAUUACAGGUGCAUACUUCCGGAAAGAACUCAAAAUGUUAUUUACAUAUAGAAGUAAAGUUUAUCAAAGUUAUCACAAAUGCUCCCUCCCUAACUCUACAGCAACAACUCCACAAUCGUGGAUUCCUUAA